CAAAUGACAUUUCUAAAAUCAUCUGUGCACAAUAAAAACGUUUCCUUGACUUUUUUGCAGUAUUGCAUUAUGUUUUAAUAAAAAAUCCUUAAUUGUGGAAGUAAAAAAAUAUAUAAAUAUAGAAUAAUCAAAAGAAACAUCUUAAGAGUUUUACAUUUAAAAUUUACAAGCCAAAGAAAAUAUGAACGUACGGUUUCUAAGCCGACUGCAGCAUCGCUGGAGUAUUUUUAGGGGAUAUGCGACCAAACCAUCAUCAUUGUCUGGCGAGGACGUUAGAGUUGGUACCGGUAUCGGAAAUAUAACGGGCAGGGCUCGGGAGGAUGCCAGCUCGCUAAUAGUGAAUCAGCCUUCUACAAAAAUUGUCACCCAUCUACCGCCCCUAACUGAUCCAAUUCCAGAUCUUCCCGAUGUAGAGUAUGCCAGGCCCUUAGCCGAAAGUAGUCUAACUCAAGUAACGACCCUGCCAAAUGGACUGCGAGUAGCUUCAGAACCAAGAUUUGGGCAAUUUUGCACAGUUGGACUCGUGAUUGAUUCAGGUCCACGUUAUGAAGUUACCUAUCCCAAUGGUGUUUCACACUUCCUUGAGAAGUUGGCAUUUAAUUCAACUGAAAAAUUUCCGAAUAAAGAUGCCAUUCUAAAGGAGUUGGAAAAAAAUGGUGGAAUAUGCGAUUGUCAGAGCUCACGCGACACUCUUAUUUACGCCGCAAGCAUUGACAGUCGGGCUAUUGAAUCCGUUACGCGAUUACUCGCCGAUGUAACAUUGCGUCCAACGCUUCAUGAGAGUGAAGUUAGUGCAGCUCGCAAAGCUGUGCAAUUUGAACUAGAAACCUUGGGUAUGCGUCCAGAACAAGAACCGAUUUUAAUGGACAUGAUUCAUGCAGCAGCAUAUAGAGACAACACGCUGGGAUUACCGAAACUUUGCCCUUCAGAAAAUCUUUCAUUAAUAGAUAGGAACGUAUUAAUGAACUAUUUAAAAUAUCAUCAUUCCCCACAGCGCAUGGUAAUAGCCGGUGUAGGGGUAAAUCAUGAUGAACUUGUACGAAACGUUGAAAAACAUUUUGUUGAAGAAAAAGCAAUUUGGGAAACCCAAAGUAUAAAAGGGACGGGAGCAACUGAGGUAGAUGAGUCAAUCGCACAAUACACAGGUGGUUUAAAAAAGGAAGAAUGUGAAAUACCAAUUUACGCUGCUACUGGACUACCAGAACUCGCUCACGUGGUAAUAGGGUUGGAAGGUUGUUCUCAUCAGGACCCAGAUUUUGUGGCGUUAUGCGUUUUAAACAUAAUGAUGGGUGGUGGCGGUUCAUUUUCCGCAGGUGGUCCCGGCAAGGGGAUGUACUCUAGGUUAUAUACAAACGUUCUAAAUCGUUAUCAUUGGAUGUAUAGUGCAACAGCUUAUAACCAUGCAUACGCUGAUAGCGGUCUCUUCUGCAUACACGCCAGUGCGCCUCCUAAUAACGUAAGGGACAUGGUCGAAGUCAUUACACGUGAACUUGUUAAUAUGGCAAGUGAACCAAGUAAAGAUGAAUUAAGUCGCUCCAAAAUACAAUUGCAAUCAAUGCUGUUAAUGAACUUAGAAUCAAGGCCGGUUGUAUUUGAAGACGUAGGACGGCAAGUUUUAGCUACGGGACAUCGAAAGCGACCUGAACAUUUUAUUCGUGAAAUUGAAAAAAUCAAUGAGGGAGACAUCCAACGCGUAGCUGGGCGCUUGUUAUCUACACCGCCAUCAAUGGCUGCCCGAGGUGAUAUAGGGAAAUUGCCAGAAAUGAAGGAGGUGCAAAAUGCUCUUAGUAAUGGUGGCCGCCUAUCGUCACGGAGGCUCUCACUUUUUAAGUGAAAAUCCAUGUAUAUAUUUUGAAGAGAGCAUUAAGGCUUUGUAUAGGUAACAUAAUCGAAAUAUAACGGUUUGGAAUAUUGUAACGAUUUGUAUUCCAAUGAAUUAAACUCAAACAUUACGAUUCCCUAGAUCAUUUCAUUGAAAAUAUGCGUACUGAUUCAAACCUACGGCAAAGCUACGUAAAUCUCUUUUCUGAGAAUAAGCACUGUUAUUAUAUGCCUACGUACAUAUGUGAUGAAAAGCUAUUUUUUUCUCUACAAGGUAGGGAGCCGCAAAAAAUAACCUUCCUGAACAAACUUUUGUUUAUGUGUCCUGAUUGAAUCGUAAAUAAUAUUCUGAAUAAUAUAUGGUUACGCACUUCAAAUCAGGUUUCAAAAUUGGAUUAAUAAAUUAUUUUUCUGUACGAAC